AUGGUGAAACAGAAGAAGAAGAUGACUGUUCGCAACGCUUCACCGGAGUCGGAUUACUCACCGAUGAAGACUCGAGCUGGAUCCUCACAUCCAGCGGACGAUGACAUCGCGUUGACACCACAUCCGAAAUUUGCGGCGGUUCGCGGCAGAUCCACCACAAUUUCUGAAGAAAUUGAGUCGUACAGCAACGCUCAUAGUCCUUUCUUCUUACACGCAUCGGAUCACCCAGGUCUUUCCAUAGUCUCACAUACUCUUGAUGGAUCGAACUAUAACAACUGGUCUAUUGCUAUGCGUAUGAGUCUCGAUGCUAAGAACAAGAUUAGUUUUGUUGAUGGUUCAUUACCUAGGCCAGAGAUAGAUAGUCAAAUAUUCAAGAUAUGGAGUCGCUGCAACAAUAUGGUUAAGGCUUGGAUUCUGAAUGUUGUCAAUCAGGAGAUAUACGAUAGUAUAUUAUACUAUGAUGAUGCUGCUGAAAUGUGGAAUGACUUGUUUUUGAGGUUUAGAGUCAGUAAUCUUCCAAGGAAAUAUCAGCUUGAACAGGCAAUCAGCACACUGAAACAGGGAAACUUGGAUUUGUCAGCCUAUUACACCAAGAAGAAAACACUUUGGGAACAAUUGGCAAAUACCAAGCUAACUACUGUGAAGAGGUGUAACUGCGACCAUGUCAAGGAGUUGAUGGAAGAAGCUGAGACAAGCAAGAUCAUUCAGUUUCUUAUGGGACUGAAUGAUAAUUUUGCCAAUAUACGUGGUCAGAUUCUGAAUAUGAAGCCAAGGCCAAGUCUGACAGAGAUAUAUAAUAUGCUUGAUCAAGAUGAGAGUCAGCGGAUUGUGGGAGGAUCAACAAUGAGUAAUCUCCCUAAUCCAGUUGCUUUCCAAGUUCAAUCAAACUCUGUUCCAGACCAGUCAAAAGUGUUCUUAGCACACAAUGGUUUUCAGAAACCGAAAUGUUCCCAUUGCCAUAAGGUUGGCCAUACUGCAGAUAAGUGUUACAAGCUCCAUGGUUUUCCUCCGGGAUUUGGUUCUAAGUGGAAGAAACCUCAAACCAUUGGGACUACAAACCUUGCUGCUACACAAUAUCAAUCUCAGAUUGAUCAGAAGGAGAAUGUGGAGUCUACUUCUUCACACCUCUACUGCAACAACAACCACACCUCCUAA